CAGGGCUAGCCAGUAGCCCUCAUGUGAGAAAAAAAGAUCACGAUCAAACCGGAGAUCAACCAUUAUAUCCUGGCGUAUUGCUGGCUUCCCGUUGAUUCCUCCUCCAAUUGCGUCGUUUGAGUUGAAACUCUGAAGUGUGGUAGACAUACGGCGAUCAGAAAACUAUCGUGUCGCGAUGCCUCUUCCUCAGCUGUUAGUUGGGAAGGUUGCGGCCAUUACGGGUGGAUUGACGGGUAUUGGUAGGGCGAUUGCUCUCGAGUAUCUCCGCCAUGGCGCAAAGGUAGCAGUUAACCAUCUCGGGCGUCCAGACGAAGAGCCGUUGCUGGAGGCCAUGCGGAAAGAUGUUUCUGAGAUUACUGGAAGCGAGGGGGGCCGAUUCAUCACAGUACCUGGAGACGUCUCACAGCCCGAGACAGGUCGGGACUUUGUCGCGAAGACAGUCGAGGCUUUUGGACGUCUGGACGUUUUCGUGAGCAAUGCGGGCGUGUGUAAAUUUGAGGAGUUCCUGGAGGUUGACCCUCCACUUCUCGGGCACACGGUGAACACGAAUCUCUGCGGAGCCUUCUACGCAACGCAAGCGGCCGCACGGCAGAUGGCCCUAGCCCAAUCACCACCUGGUGGCUCGAUUAUCGGAAUCAGCUCCAUCUCCGCGCUUGUCGGAGGCGGACAGCAGACACACUAUACCCCUACCAAGGCUGGAGUGCUCAGCCUGAUGCAAUCAACUGCUGUAGCGCUAGGAAAGUACGGAAUCCGAUGCAACGCCUUACUCCCUGGAACUAUCCGGACCCAGUUGAAUGAUGAGGACAUGAGUGAUCCAGUCAAGAGGACGUACAUGGAGGGGAGAAUUCCAUUGGGACGGUUGGGCCAGCCUCCUGAUCUGGCUGGCCCAGCUGUGUUCCUGGCCUGUGAUGAGUUGAGUGGCUAUGUGACUGGCGCACAGUUGCUUGUGGAUGGAGGAUUGUUUGUGAACCUGCAGUGAUCAUGCUGAGGUUUCGUUGUGACGAUGCGACGAGCGUGUUCUACAUGAC